AUGAAUAACCCAUCACCACCUCUUACACCUCAACCCGAACUAUCCUCCAAUGAGAUCCAUCGAAUAGUUCGAAGUGAAUUCGAUCAAACAUGGAUAGAUUAUUAUGCGUGGAAGCCACCUUCUACGUUACCUCUGAUCAACGGAGAAUUGGAAAAAGGAUCGAAAUUGAUGGACGAAGAAUUAGUCCAGAGACAUCAAUCUUUAGGUGAUGGAUUGAGACGACUAUUGGAAGAAGCAGACGAGGACGAGGGGGGCCAAGAAAAAGAAGAAGAAGCUGGUCGCCCCGAUAUGGACGAGGAUGGUGAUGGUGAUUUCAUUGACCAAGUCGAAGAGAACAAAAGACAUGACGAUUCUUUCAUGGGAGCAAGGAAACCAAUCACUUUGACUGAUAAUCAUACAUCUACUCAUUUAUACCUGAAACCACAUCAUCCUACUCGUCGAAACAAUCAAUCAAAUCUUCAUACUCAUUCUCCAAAUUCAAGCACCAAACAACAUCAUAGAUCCAAACCGAAAUCUCUCAAUUUCACCAAUGUGAAAAAACUAAACUUACUUCCAAUCUCAACGAAUUUUGAAACUGCAACUUGUGAAGAAGGGAUUUAUACUUUAUACAAUCCUGAUUAUAAUCCAUCAAAGAAAGUGAAGACUAUUCCACCUUAUUUCUUCUGUGUUAAAGGUCAAUCUAGUAUAUGUAAAGAAGAUGAAAGGUCGAUGCCUUUUAUACCGAUCUUCGUAGAUUAUCAAGAUUUUGACGAACAUAAAUAUUUUAGAAGUUUUGGUAGUAGAGCAGCUUGGGAAGGUACAUGGAGAGAUCCAGAAGGCGAUAUAAUACAAGUUGAAGCACUAAGAAGAAUACGCUUACAUCAACACAAUAUCACAACGGAACAAAUUGAUAAAACUAAGAUAUUACCUUCGACGGUCGUACGAAUUGAAGAUUUGGAAUUAUCCAGAGAUCUUUUACCUUUUCCCCUUCAACCUGAUCUUCAAGAUCAAAAUCAAAAACUAUCGAAAAGAAAAUGGGGUGUACCGAUCGAACCCACCAAUGAAAUCAUUGGUCAAUAUUCUAUAGAUGACUAUGGUGAAUUCCUAUGUGGUAGACAAUCAUGUACGAUCUUUGGUUGUCCGAGACAUGCCACUCUGGACGAAAAUCAUCUUUCUCUUCAAUCAGCAAGUAUAAGACAAAGACCAACACAAAAAUCUUACAUUCCUAGAAAACGAUUCAAGUUGCCUUCGGUGGCCCAGCCAUGCUCUGAUACAUGUUAUAGUCUCGUCGAUCCAACGUAUUUGAUGAGAAAAGCAAUGAAAGCUUUACCUUGGCCAGCAGAAAAUAGUGAAUCGUUAAUCGAGAUGAUGUCAGAUGAAAAUGAUGAUAUAAUCGGUGAGGAUAUUUGCCAUCUUGGUAUACAUAGCGAUGGAUAUACAUGUAGAGCAGUUGCCACUCAAAUACUAUCGCUCGCUCUGAAAAGUCCAAUACCACCUAUAACAGCCGACGAAGACAGUGAUCAAACACCAGCACCAGCCACAUCAGCGAUGCUCAAAUUCAAAGUGAAAUCUUCUGAUCGUAUACGAUUGAAAAGUUCACAAGCAGUACUUAACGCUCAAGAAUGUAAUCAUUCUGGUCCCUGCACAGCGAAGAACUGUUGGUGUUUCAAGAACGAUUGGACAUGUGGUAGGAAUUGCAUCUGCCCAUCAAAUUGUGUAAGACGAUUCAGGGGUUGUCGAUGUUGGAAAAUCGCGUCAAAUAAUGGACUUAAACCUGGUAAAGGAGCCUGUCUGCCUGGCAAAUGUCCUUGUAGCAAAGGCAAUCGAGAAUGUGAUCCUGAAAUAUGUGGUCCAUGUGGUGCACAUGAAGAGAUUGCAUUUGCUAGAAAACAAAGGCUUUCUCGUGCUCAUGUUAAUGGUUAUGAUCUUGAUCAUGUCGCCAGUGAGACAGAGGAUAUUAGUAGGGCAAAUUGCUGUGGCAAUGUCGGAAUACAAAAAGCUGUUUGGCCUAAAUUACGAGUCGGUAUAAGUCCAGUAUCGGGGUAUGGUAUAUUCGCAGGUGAACCACUAGACAAAGACCAAAUGAUAGGAGAAUACAUUGGAGAAGUGAUUACGCCAAUGGAGGGAGAAAGGAGAGAUCAAAUUAACAAUCAAAUUGGCCGUCAAUACAUAUUCACAUUGAAUGCUGAAUCUGAAAUUGAUGCUGGGAAUUACGGAAACAUUACUAGAUACUUCAAUAGCGCCAAAGGUAAUGCAGUGAACAUCGAAGCCAAGACCGUGGUCGUUGGUAAUGAACAAAGAAUAGCAUUUCGUACGACGCGGUCAAUAAAGCAGAAUGAAGAAAUUAGAUUCGAUUAUGGAGAAAGGUUCGAUGAAAAUGCAACUGAAAAGGCUGACAAUAAGAAGAAUCGAUCUAUGAGAUGA